AUGGGAUUGUGCAUCUCAGGAGCUUCUUUAGCUCCUUCUACUGAUACAAAUUAUUAUUAUGAAUCUCCUUCAUUUUCAUCCUAUACACAUAAACGUGAUUCGGGCGUGGAAAUGGGGUUGCAUAGAGUUCCUGGAAGAAUAUUCUUGAAUGGUUCAUCUCAUGUUGCUUCCUUGUGUUGCAAGCAAGGCAGAAAAGGCAUCAACCAGGAUGCAAUGCUUCUUUGGGAGAACUUUGGUUCCAUGGAGGAUGUCGUAUUUUGUGGUGUAUUUGAUGGGCAUGGACCUUUUGGACAUGUGGUCGCCAAGAAAGUCAGAAAUUCUUUCCCUUUAAAGCUAAUGGAAGAAUGGAAUUCGUGUCUUCGUGAUGAUUAUAAUAAUAAUAAUUAUAAUAAUAACCAUUUCGAGAUAUUGAGAGAAUCAUUUUUGAAAGCGUCUAAGUUUAUGGACAACGAACUCAAAUUGCAAUAUUUCAUGGAAUCUUAUGGCAGUGGGACUACCGCUGUUACCUUGCUCAAGAAGGGCGACAAACUAGUUACUGCAAAUGUUGGAGACUCGAGAGCUGUUUUAGGUACCCUAGAUCCAAAUGGUUCUCUUAUUGCUCUUCAGUUGACAACAGACCUCAAGCCAAAUCUUCCAAGAGAAGCAACGAGGAUAAGGAUUUGUAAAGGAAGGGUGUUUGCCCUAGACAACGAUUCAGCAGUUCCUCGACUUUGGCUUCCCAAUGCUGAUUCACCUGGCCUAGCUAUGUCACGAGCUUUUGGCGACUUUGUCCUCAAGGACUCAGGACUCAUAUCUGUUCCUGAAGUCUCCUAUCACCGCAUCACCGACCAUGAUCAGUUUGUUGUUUUAGCCACAGAUGGGGUUUGGGAUGUUUUAUCCAACAAUCAAGUUGUGAACAUUGUGGCAUCUGCUCCACGAUCUUCGGCUGCUAAACUAGUUGUUGAGGCAGCUGUUCAAGCAUGGAAGACUAAGAUUCCAUCUAAACCUGAUGAUUGCUCUGCAGUUUGCCUAUUCUUUCAUUCAAACACCAAUACCAAUACUCCUAACACUAAGACUGGUAUAGGUACAUGGGAGAAGAGGGCAAAAGAAUCACCAUACAAAACAAAACAAAAGCACCUAUAG